AUGGUCGGUAAUUAUAAUUUAAAUCAAUUCUUUAGAGAUAUUCAAAAUGGGAAUUAUACAAUCUUAAGUUUAGAUUUACAAUUCAAUGGGUUCCAAGUAGCAUCAUUACAGAAUGAAUUGAUUUCGAAAUCGUACACCAAGAAACAAUUAGAGGAAUUAGUGGAAUUUAAUUCAGGUAAUAAACGAUGGACAAGGUUCAAUAUUAUGAUUACAUCAUUUUUAAAUUAUUGUGAGAAUGUGGAUCCAUGGUCCAUUUGGUCCAGUUGUGAUUUAAUUUUCGAAUUUUAUUCUAAUUUAACGAAUUGUUUAUUAAAUGAUACAUAUCCAAUUGAUCCCUUGGUACCUAUUUUCCGGAAACAAACUGAAAUAGUUAUACCGUUGGCCAUUAAAUUAGAUAAUAAUUAUAUGAUUUUAGGGACAAGAAAAUAUCAAUUCUUAUCACAUACAUCAUCAAUCAUUUCAAAAUUAUUCAAUAGUAUUAAGACUUAUAGAAAUGAUAACAGUGGUGGUAAUGGUAGUAAUGAUAGUGAACGAUAUGAUGCAACACUUCCUGAGAAACAAAAAAUUCUACUAUAUUUAGUCAAUAAACUAAACAAUUUAUAUUUCAGAAUAGAUUCUCCACAAUUAUGUUCCAAUAUUUUCAAUAAUUUUAAGCCAAAGAGUAUGUUAGAACAUUUCAAGGAUUAUAAUAUAAGAGAACGAAUUGAAUAUAGAUAUCUUUUAGGUAGAUAUUAUCUUUUGAAUGCAAGAAUGAGUAAUGCAUAUGCACAAUUACAAAAAGCAUAUGUAAUGGCCAUGUCAAUAAAUAAUUCCCUCCAAGGCAAUGAUGAUGAUAAUGGGAAUAGAUUGGUUUGGAAGCGGAAUAUUAAUAGAAUAUUACGAUAUCUUAUACCAGCUGGUAUUGUCAUUGGUAAAUGUCCAAAUUUCAAUGACAUUAAAGAUUAUCCUCAAAUAGAUAUAUACAAGAAACUUUGCCACAAUAUUACGACAGGUAAUAUGAGUGGGUUACAUGGUUGGUUAAAAUUACAUGAAAAACUCUUACGAAGGCAAUAUGUGCAUUUAAUUCUUUUAGAAAAAUUACCAAUAUUAACUUACAGAUUUUUAAUAAAGAAUGUUAUUUCUAAAUUUGUGAUAUCUGAAGGUUCCAAUAAAUUAUUGUAUGAAUUGGUACAUAGAGCCAUAUGGGUUUCUUUAAACCUAAGCGAUGAUAAUGGGAGUAUUGAUAAUAGCAUGGGGAAAAAAAUAACGAUAUAUGAUGGUAUUCAUACAGGGACUUUGGCAGAUACAGAAAAUAUAUUGGUGACUUUGAUUAAUCUUGGAUUUUUACGUGGGAAUUGUUUCCCAUUAUUGAAAUUAUGUGUUUUCCAAAAGAAUGUUCCUAUCACUGAUGUGAUGCCAAGUGUUGAUAAGAGGAUUGCUCUCCAAUUCCCAUUACAUUCAGAUGAUUCGUGGCUAGAUAGCUAA